AUGCAAAUCCAAACUCUCAUCACCAUUGCGUUCCUCGUUCUCAGCACAUCCGCGCAAUUCGUCGGCCCUAAGGGCAAGAGAACUUGCUUCGGUGGUGCCAUUUCCUUCUAUUGUAAGAGUCUAACUUCUAGCGUUUCAAAAAUAUGCCAGUACGGCAAGCAUCGCUGCGCAAACAUCUGCGGCGAUACCGUGACUCUGGAGAAUGGCAAUGCGCCUGCGUUCUUGGAUCCCCUGUGCUCGUGUCCGGAGACGCAUGAGGGCGCCGCUUAUACGGGUGCGGCAUGUAUUGAUGUUAUUAGAGCGCUUGCGAGGUAUGGGUGUUAG